AUGCCGACUUCCCAGCCGUUCAGUGUUCUUGUAGCUGGCGGGGCGUACGCGGGUCUUUCGGCGGCUCUCAAUCUUCAAGAUCUUUGUCGUGGUCUUCCGCCUCGGUGCGGAGAGCAACCUGCUGAGGGAGAGCACACUCCAACACCACUGCUCGAAGUCGACAUCACCAUUGUGGACGAGCGUGAUGGGUAUUACCAUCUUAUUGGCUCACCUCUCGCUCUCUCAUCCGAAAAGCACGCUGAGAAGUUCUGGAUCAAAUACGAUGACAUCCCCGGACUACGAUCGCCCAAGAUUCGCGUUCUCCACGGUUCUGUGAAGUCGGUCGACCCGGAACGCAAGGUGGCGACCUACCUCGCCAACGGUAGUUUAGAACCGCCCACCGAGUUGCGUUAUGAUUACUUUGUUGCCGCUUCAGGAUUAAGAAGAGCCUGGCCCGUUGUGCCCCAGUCACUUCGAAGGAAGCAGUACCUGUUUGAGACAGCGGAUCACAUCCAGGCUGCCACAACCGCGCGGCACGGGGUUGUGGUGGUUGGUGGUGGCGCCGUCGGGAUAGAAAUGGCCGCCGAGCUCAAGCUUGUGCACCCCAACCUCAACGUCACGCUCGUGCACUCCCGUGACAAACUCCUCUCCUCCGAGGCACUUCCGGACGACGUCAAAGAUCGCAGCCUCGAAUUACUCCGCGAAGCCAAGGUUACCGUACUCAUGUCUCACCGCCUCGACCGCACCGAAGAGAUCAAAGAUGAUACCGGCAAGCCAUGCCUCAAAGUACACUUCACCAACGGACAUACCAUGCUCGCCGACCAAGUCUCCAUGGCUGUGUCGCGCAGUGUUCCUACCACCACGUAUCUACCCUCCGACCUCCUCGACGAGGAGGGGUAUGUCAAGGUUCAAGCUAGUCUUGCAUUCCCACAAGACACCCCCAACUCAUCAUCCCACUUCGCUGCGGGCGACUUGGUCAAGUGGUCCGGGAUUAAGCGUUGCGGUGCCGCUAUGCACAUGGGGUAUUAUGCCGCGAGCAACAUUUAUGAGUACAUGUUGCAGUGUACAGGGUCAAAAAAAGAGAUAAAGUUGUUAGAGCUGGCUGAGAUUCCACCCAUGAUCGGGUUGGCCGUUGGCAAGAAGGCUGUUGCGUACUGGCCCGAGGGGGGAAUGACGUCAGGAGAGGAUGUCAUGAAGUCCUUCUUUGGGGAUGAUCUUGGGUUUUCUAUUUGCUGGAACCAUAUGAAGCUUGGGGAAGAGCCAGCGGCAUGA